ACGAUCAUUGUAAUCGUACGGCGGACACGCGACCGAACGACCCGAUAUUAACAAUUAUUACAAUUCACUGCUCGUGUCCGUUUUUCACUUGAUUAAAGUUUGUGUGUUCGGUUUGCGGUGAAUAAUAUCGUAGAAUCGGACAUCGGCGUUGGCGUACAACCUACCCGUACAUACGACACACCGUCGGAGUAUACAGUCACCGUUCGGAAAUUGUUUCGGUUGAACAGAUAAAACAUCAAUACAGACAUCAAGAUGCUGAGCAGAGUAGUCCAAGGGUAUAACACCCUAAUGAACGAUUACAGUGAUAAAAGGGUGAAGGAUUGGUUCCUUAUGAGUAGUCCUGUACCUACCAUAGUCAUGUGCUUAUCAUAUGCAUUCAUCGUAAAAAUUUUGGGACCAAGGUUGAUGAGAGACCGUAAACCAUUCCAACUGCGAAAAACAUUAAUCGUUUACAAUUUUCUGCAAGUCAUAUUCUCUACGUGGAUCUUCUACGAAGCAUGGGACAGUGCAUGGGGCAAUGGUUACAGUCUUCGAUGCCAACCUGUCGAUUACUCGACAUCCCCGAAUGCAAUGAGAGUAGCUCGUGGAUGUUGGUGGUACUACUUUUCUAAAUUCACGGAAUUCUUCGAUACCUUCUUUUUCGUUAUGCGCAAGAAAUACGAUCAGGUAUCCACCCUGCACGUUAUUCACCACGGAAUCAUGCCGAUGAGUGUGUGGUUUGGCGUUAAGUUCACACCCGGCGGUCACAGCACGUUCUUUGGGCUGCUCAACACAUUCGUGCAUAUCAUUAUGUACACAUACUACAUGUUGGCCGCCAUUGGACCGCAAAUGCAGAAGUACCUCUGGUGGAAGAAAUACUUGACUGUGCUCCAAAUGAUCCAAUUCAUUAUGGUGUUCAUUCACGCAUCCCAAUUACUAUUCAUUGAGUGCGAUUACCCGAAGGCAUUUGCUUGGAUCAUCUUACUACACGCUGUUAUGUUCUACUUCCUGUUCUACAACUUCUACCAACAUUCAUACAAAAAGGGGGAGGACAAAAAGAGGAUAGCUCAAAAGAAGAAGGACGACGACGACCGAGCGAACAACAGAGUCCUGGACUCACCACAGCCCAAGAAUACAAGUUUCCAAAACCAAGCCAAAUCAAUCUGGUCCAACCUGACGUCGACACCGUGUUUCUUACCCGCCGUGACAGACUGCGACAGCUCCUCCGAAGAAAUGUAUUCGCGACCACCGGUUAACAAUGCAGCUGGCAGCGCAUUUUUGUCCGAUAAUUCGGCAUCAUUUGGCAACAAGGCAUUCGUGUCCAAAUCAGUAAGCGCGUAAAAUCACAGGCCUUACAAAUCUUCUUUCGAUUUCCUUCUCUCCCAUAAGCCACUGAAAAAUUACCCUUAAACUUACCGCUAUCGUCAUGUACGAAUAGGUGACGCUAUAUACCCUUAAUCCCAAAAAACUGAAACGAAAACGCUCACAAUAAUAAUAAUAUAAAUAGAACACAUAGUGUAUACUAUAAAUAUAUACCGACUGAACACGAAAAUCAUUUAUAUAAUAUCAUUUAUCGCGAUGUCGUUUAUUUUUAUUUUCAAUGCCUUUCUUGGUUUUUGACUGACUCGUUUGAUUAUCGAGAUACAGUCAGAUAAUAAUAAUAUAAAUAUACUAUCACUUUUGUGUGUUAUUUUCCUUUCUCACGUUCUAAGUACAUUUUUAUUUUUAUUUUUAUUAUUAUUAUUAUUUUCGAGUAUUUUGUUCCAUGCAACUUCAACGACGGCUCAAAAACAAAGAAAAUUAAUUCGAUUCUCAGUUGUUCAUUCGCGAUCGGACAAUUUCUCAUGUAUUAUCGCAAAAGUAUUAGGAUUCAGUCGUAUAUUAUAUACAUUAUACAGUAUACAUUAUUAUUUUAUUUAUAUUUAUUAUUGUUAUUAUUAUGUUUAUAUUAUUUAUUAUACUCAGCACAUGCGGUCGUCUGUCGUGGUCUUUCAAUACCACAGGAUACGAUGACAAUAAUAUAAUUGUUAUAAUAUUAGUCUGGUCCGUCGUGCCAGCGCGACCGCUAGUCAAAAUCUGUUUAAUGUCAUUAAAUUUUACUAUAGUUUUACAUAUUGUAUUAAGUUGUGUAGAUGUGUAGUUAUUACGUCUUAUGAAUUUAUAUUAUAACUAUUGUCGUUAGAAUACGAUCGUUGUACACUAAAUUUAUAAUAAUUUGCGCGAGUGCAAAUAUACAGCGAGGCAAGGAGGCGAGGAGGAUAAAAAAAAUAAUCAAUACCAUGGUAUACAAUGACAAAAAUCUAAGUAUUGACCAGCGAUCUUGUUAAACGCUUCAGGUCUUUGUUAUUAAGUAUAUAAUGGUAUUAGUAUAUAAAUCUAUUGUCCAUUUUUCGACUUGUUUUUUUCUUUUUUUGUUAUUUUAUUGUAUUUAAUAUGUAUAAUGUCUAUAGAAACUAUAUAUGUAUCAUACCAAGUGUAAGUAUAAGUUGGCAUGAUGAAAAAUAAAAAUAAAAAUAAUUAAAA